AUGCCGAGCAUGUCGACCCGUCCGGGUCGGCGUCGCACGACCAGGAGCGCAGCAUCGCGAUCUCCGUCACGCAUUGGCGGGAUCGCGCUAUUUAAUAGGCCGAUCGCGGCGCAGGCAUUGGCGCUGCGCGAUCGCGGCCCGGCAUACCCUAGACUCGCGGCCCCGCAUACGCGCGAUCGCGGCCCCGCAUACGCGCGCCUUCAGCCGCGCCAAGGCGCCACAUCCAGCAGCGCCAAGGCGCCACCUUUAGCCGCGCCAAGGCGAAAGAUCCAGCAGCGCCAAGGCGCCAACCUUCAGACGCGCCAAGGCGCCACCUCCAGCAGCGCCAAGGCGCGACCUUCAGUCGCGCCAAGGCGCCAGAUCCAGCCGCGCCAAGGCGCCACCUUCAGCCGCGCCAAGGCGCCACAUCCAGCAGCGCCAAGGCGCCACCUCCUGCAGCGCCAAGGCGCCACCUCCAGCCGCGCCAAGGCGCCACCUCCAGCAGCGCCAAGGCGAAAGAUCCAGCAACGCCAAGGCGCCACCUUCAGACGCGCCAAGGCGCGACCUUCAGCAGCGCCAAGGCGCGACCUUCAGCCGCGCCAAGGCGCCACAUCCAGCCGCGCCAAGGCGCCACUCCAGCAGCGCCAAGGCGCCACCUUCAGCCACGCCAAGGCGCCACAUCCAGCAGCGCCAAGGCGCCACCUCCAACGGAACAUGGAAGGGGAGUCUACCCAGGGAGGUGGAGCUCCUAAUGGCGGUGGACGAGCUCUGCCAGGUGCUAGUUUUAAUCGACUUCCAACACCGGCUGCACAAGCCAGCUUUAGGCUGGCCAGCGCUCUACAGCACCCUAUUGGGACCGAUGGCGGGGAGGCAGGGUGUGAGGGGGAGGACUCCUACUGGCCUAGCAAUCCUCACCCAGGGUGGCAGGGUGGUGAGCGUGCGCGUGAUGCAGCUGGCGAUGACGAUGAGUACAGGCCUACAGCAGCGGAGGUCGAGGCGGCGGCGGCAGAGGACUCUGCCGAGGAGGCAAGAGGGGACGAGGAGGAGGAGGAGGAGGAGGAGGAGGAGGAGGAGGAGGAGGAGGAGGAGGAGGAGGAGGAGGAGGAGGAGGAGGAGGAGGAGGAGGAGGAGGAGGAGGAGGAGGAGGAGGAGGAGGAGGUGCAAGAGCAGGAGGUGGGUGCUGGCCGCAAUUCAGGGGUACGUGGAGGGCCAUCUGGACGGGGAGGAAGGGGUCGAGGGGGACGUGGUGGAGGACGGGCUGGUCGCGGGCAGGGUCGGUCUACACCGCGUGCGCAGCCCGUAGGCAAUGCAAGGGGACGCAGUAGGGGUUUAGGUGCCGGUCCCUCGGGUGAAGGACGAGGUGGGGGGGCGGUUGGGAGGGGUGCGCACCGUGCUGCAAGGGCAGGGCGCGGUGGCAGAGGUGUUGAGGGGGCGGCCGUGGCUGCGCCCGGACCUGGAACAUCGAAUGCACCUUCUCAGCGCACCGAUGGUGUCGGGUCCACGCCGUUGCGUGCUGGUGGCAUUAGUCGGGGAGGAGGGACAGCGGGGAGUCGUGGGCGUAGGCCAAAACGUCCACGAAAGGAGGAUUUGCCCAAGGAUACGGUGGUUGAGGGUUUGGCAGGGAAGCACUACCCUGGUUUAUUAGUGGGGAUGUUUGGUGAGCUUGAGGAUGGUUGUCGUCCAUGCCGGGUGUGUGGCGAUGUAAUGGGAUGGGAUGGGGGUAGCACGGGCACUGGGUGGAAGCAUGUCAAGCGCGCGCACUACCCACAUGUGCAGAUUUGGGUGCGGCGAUUCCUGGACCCGGCGAAGCCAAAGGACCUAGAGUUUCCAUGGGGCGGGUAUGGCAAGUCGGGCGACGGGCCAGCAGUGCCCGACACGCACGGUGGUGCUUGGGAGCACGCGGCUGUCUGGCCGAACAUCCCAGAAGCUGCGGCUGCAGCUGGUGGCGCGGGGGGGGUGGCGAGUGGGAGUCGUAGUGUUGCCGGCAUCCACGCGUACAUGAGUCCACGGGUGUCGCAGGACGAGCUACGCAGUGCUCUCGUGGAGCUGUUUGCUGAUACUAACCUUCCGUUCCGUCUGGUUGACCGAGCAUCUUUCCGUCGAUUUGUCACCUUGCUGAACCCUUCGGCCGCGGAUAUGCUGGGAUCGCGUUACCGCUUGGCACGGGACAUGCAAGCAUUUGCUGAGGUGGCUCGAGAGGAGCUGAGGCAGGAGAUCAUUGGCGACGGUCUCGCGGGGAGGGUGUCGCUUAGCAUAGACAUCUGGACUAGUGAGAACCAUGUCGCUUUCAUGUGCGUGACCGUCCAUUGGAUCACCAGUGACUUCAGGCUGCGUCAGGCGAUUCUGGAUUUCGUGCAGUUAGAGGGUUCGCACACAGGAGCUCUCAUAGCACAGACGCUCGAGCGCAUAUUGACCGAGGCUGGCUUGCAGGAUGCGGUGUUCGCUGUGACGACGGACAACGCGGAGAACAACAACAGGGCAAUGCGCCUACUGUCGGGGGCCACAGCAGAGGGGCCGGAUGCCUGGACAUCUCAUCCACUGCUCGACAUUGCGCGUCACGUGCGGUACGCCCUGUCAUGUCAUGCCGCGAUUCACAAGUGGGACAUUGGUGGCAUACAAUUCUGCCUUGCACAUGUCAUGAACAUCGCAGUGCAGGAUGCAUUGAAGUUGGACGAUGUGCGGGAGGCGUUGACACGCCUACGGGCUGCGUGUUCGUACAUCGGAUGGUCUGUCCAGCGGUCCGAGGGUUUUGCCCGUCUGCAGCGCAGGUUGGCAGGCCGAGACAACGCGAAGGUGCAACGUCUGAUCGCUGACUCGCCUACACGCUGGGGCUCCACUUACGAGAUGAUUUGCCGCGCCUUGGAGCUGCAGCAGGCCCUGACAGUGUUCUUCAGCCGCACGGACCUCGACAAGAUUCGUCUCAGUGACGUCCACUGGGACGCGCUCGUCGAGCUGAAGAACUUUCUGGAGCCCUUCCACUCGAUCACCAAGGUAGCUGAGGCUUCCCUGUAUCCGACAGCUGCGGCGGUGGUGCCGUUGUACAACCAGCUUCUGGACAAGCUGGAGACGACCUUCCGCGAGCCAGGCGUCUCACCCCUCACACAGGCCCUCAUCACCAAAGCCCUCGGCAAGCUGAAGAAGUACCCGUACGGGUCGAAGGAAGAGUUGGCGGUUGCCACCUUCCUUGACCCCCGAUACAAGACCAUCUUCUUCGAGCUGCCCCAGUGGGAGGCGCUCAAUGCAGCGCACGUGACGGAGGUGGGGGGAUGCGCUAGGAGUGUGCAGGCCGUGGACGAGCCGACGGUGAUACGCCUGGUGCGCGAGCGGUUGGUCGCACAUCAGGAGAGAGUGCGCAGCCGGGGAGGUGGUGGUGAGGUUACGAGUGGCAUGGGGGAGGUAACAGACAGCACUGGUUUUGCUGGUGAGGCCGCAGGGACGUCGCGUCCCGCUGGCGCGGGGGGGUCCAGCUUUGAGCAUGCGCUUUUUGCACAGAUGGAUGCAUUUGAGGCAGCGAAGGGGGGCCGGAAAAGUGAUGAAGUUGACAUUUACUUGGCUGAGGGCAGGCAGAAGGGUUGCCCGUUGGCGUACUAG